AUGGCGGACGAAAAGGCAGGAGAAAGCGUAGAAAAAGAACUAACAGCGAAACAGCGCAAAAAUAGAAAGAAAAAGGAAGCGGCGAAGCGUAAAAAACAGGAGCAAAGUCUUAAGGUAUCCCACUGAGAAUCUCAUUUGUGAAAUUCGCCAUUUGCCCGUGGAUAAGCGCUAAUGAAUUUAUAAAAUUAAACACUGAGCCACAUUUUUGUAGGAAUCAGGGAGAGCAACAGGAGAAAGUGAAGUUAACAAUGAUAACGAGAAAGCACCAGGAACAGAAGAGGUAAAAAUAAUGAAUGUACGUAUUUCCUUCUUGAAAUCUCAUUAAUCAAAGCAAUGGUAUCGUUCUGAGUUUGAUAGCAAAAACGACAAACAAAAGUUUUUUCUUCUCAUAUUUUGCUUCAGACACCGGAGGAAAAAUUUCAUCGUGAGCUAAACUGGUGUAUUGAGCAACUUGAAAUGGGUCUUGCCUUUCAGAAACGGGACAAAAAACAAGGUGUGUUUGUUGUGGCUCAUUUAAAUCUUUUUUUGUUUGUUUGUUUUAAACUCAGGUAUUAUCAUACAUUAACCAAUAUCCAGAAAAAAGGAAAAUAAAAUUCAAAGCAAGGUUAACCACAACGGAUAAAAUUUAACUUCUAACUACUAGAUAACAGUGUGAUAGUUAUAUUUGAAAUUCCUGGAAGUAGCACUGACUGCCUAAUUGUAAUCAAUAUGGUGUGUGUCCCUUUUCUUUUGGCCUCAGUUUUGUUUACAAUCACCUCAAGAUGUCUGUGAAGACUGCUCUCCGAUUUAUAGUAUUUUUAUAAAAAAAUUCACGUGCCCUUUUUUUGUUUUGAUUUGUUAUCUUUGUUGCCAUCUCAAGCAGUCAUGUUAAAAAAAAAUAGAUGAACUAGCAACUUCUUCUGACUCAAAGAAUUUUCUUUAUUUUACUAACAUUUUUUCUACUAAUACUUUUUUAGCUGAAGUUGUACAUCGUCAUUUACGAUCUUUGAAGUCAUCCAAAACUCCCAUGGUAAGAUAAAGAUAGAUUUCUUCAGACUUGAAUUAAGAACUUCAUAGUCUUAUUCCUGAAAUAUGCUCAUGACAAAAAAAUCUUAAAUGUCAAACAUUCUCCUCUUUUUUUCAUUUUCAGCCCAGGAAAAGGCAAAUUAUGUAUUCAUUGUUUGGAGAUUACAGGAAAAAGAUCCAAGAUGAUCAAAGGAAUCAAAGACAAGGUUGUUACGCGAGUCACACUCGCUUCCGUUUGAGUUAAUUAUUGUUGAUUCACUGCAUGACUGUUUAAUGUAAUAGGAUGGCUUAAAUUAAGCUCGUAGAGUUAAGAGAUCUAUUCAGAGUUCAUCUUUUGUUGGAGUAGCCUUUUUUUUCAUUUUGUUGUUUCUUUUAUGCAUUGCUAGGAGUUGGACAGCGUAAGCGAUUGUGAUUUUCAAUGUUUUAUUCAUUUUAGUUUCGAACUCGAGCCAUAUUUUUUAUUGUAGUCUUCGAGUCAUAGAGAAGCCAGCAAAACUGUGAACACUUGAAAUAUUUCAGGAAAUAUGUUUAUGGUGUUACAACCAAUCAGAACUAAAAUCAGGACAUGCGAACUAGCCACAAAACCACAAAUUAAUAAUACAUCUUAGUGUUUUUAUUAACGUUCUUGCUUGUGGUUUAGUUUCUCUAACCCAAUUGUCUUUUUUCUUGCGACACGAUAACAUUCCAGAAAUAUUUCUGGUGUCAUGGUUUUCCCCGUUUGAUUGAAAUACAGUGAAACCUCUAUUAAGCGGACACCUAGUGCAUCUGCUCAAUAGAGGUGUCUGCUGAAUAGGGGUUCUUUAUAAAGGGAAAUAUAAGACGUUAAUUUAUGGACUCGGCUUUGUGUCCACUUAAUAUAUAGACAUUUCACUGUACUAUUGUUUAUUGAGAUUGGUCUCUCCUGAUUACACAUCUAGAGUCAGCUGCAGUUGUUAGUCCAAAGCUAUCCUCUGUUAAGCAAGAAGACCAGAAGAGCAUAUUCGUCAAAGUUUGCCAAAUGAAAUCUUAUACAGAUUCUGGAAGACAGGUUGGUAAUGCCAUUUUGUGUGUUGAGUUAAGGGCUUUCUAGAUUGUGAAUUCCAGAGACUGCUGCAGUUUCCUGCCCACAAGUUGUCAGCACUUUGGAGCAAAGAAAGAAGGGAGCUAGCUUCCAGAAUUAAGUUUUCCCAUUGAUGUACCAAAAAUGGACAGAUUUUUACUUUUUUUUUUCACUUUAUUUUCUACAAAAUGGCAGACUUUCUAGGGUUUUGCCUCUUGAUCCCCAGAGAUUAUAGCACUGUUAUGUUAAAAAUAGUACGAUGUGCAGUAGAACCCUGGUAUCUCAAACUCUGAAGGGAAAUGAAAAACACUUCGAGUUAGAGAGGAAUUCGACUUAUCAUGGUAAAUUUCAGUGAAGUUUUGAUCAAGGAAAGGAGAUUUAGUUCAAGUUAGCGGAGAGUUUGAGUUAGUGAGGUUCUACUGUACGCUGAAAAUAGGCUCCUUUUUUGCAGAAAGCUCCAGAAGAAGAAAAUGAUGCACUAAAUGAGAACUGGAAAUUUCAAAAGUCAGAUAAUAGUUUUAAGUUUAAUUUUGCUGCAAGUGCAGAAUAUUCAUGA